ACACAUUUACAAGGAAGAGUCUAGCCUUCAGAGUACAGAGAAGCGAACUACGGCGCGGAGUAUAUAAUCCUGCAAUCGUCUUCACCCAUCACAGUCAAUCGUUCGGCUUCGUACCGCGCAUAUCUAAUUCACAUUUCCAAAAUGAAAUUGUUCGUAGUCGCCGCCGUCCUCGGAGUGUGCGCCGCCGGGCGUUUGGACAACACCUACCUGCCUCCUGGCUCAGGAGGCUCUGGAUUUGGCCAAGGAGGCUCUGGAUUUGGCCAAGGAGGCGCUGGAGGUUUCGGCCAUGCCGCGGCUGGCGCUGGAGGCCACGCUGGAGGCUUUGGACAGAGAGGAUCUGCUGGUUUCGGCCAAGGCGGAGCUGGAGGUUUCGGAGGCGCUAGCCACGGCGGAUUCGGCCAAGGAGGCGCUGGCCACGGAGGUUUUGGCCAAGCCGGCGCUGGCGCUGGCGGUUUCGGACAAACCCAACACGGCGGCAACCUCUACAACUCCGGCGGCUACCAGCAAUCAUACAGCCAGCAAAGCUCCCGUCCCCAAGACGCCGGCGCCCAAAUCCUGAGGUCCAACAGCGAGGUCACAGCUGAGGGCUUCUCUUACGACUUUGAGACCUCGAACGGCAUCCGCGCUGACGCUCAAGGAGUGGCCACUAACGGAGUACAAUCCCAGGGCAGCUUCGGGUACAAGGGAGACGAUGGCCAGGACUACAGCAUCACGUACACCGCUGAUGAGAAUGGAUACCGCCCCCAGGGUGCCCACCUCCCCACCCCGCCCCCGAUCCCGGAGGAGAUCCUGAAGUCCCUGGAGCAGAACGCCCGUGAUGAGGCUGCUGGCAUCUCUGACGAUGGCGCCUACCACGGCGAGGACGCUGGUUCAGGCUCCGGUUCCGGCUACUCCGGCAACCAAUACCAGCAACCAUCCGGCCAGUACGGCGCUCCCAGCCGAACCUUCCAGCAGCCCAAGAACUUCGGUGGCUCCUCGGGUAACUUCGGUGGCUCUUCUGGUAACUUCGGUGGUUCUAGCUUCGGUGGCGCCGCAUCCCGCCAAUACCUGGCCCCCAAGGCUAGCCCUAAUGGCUCAGGAAACUUCAACUCUAGGACCGGAUACCAAUAUUAGGGGCUCACGACAAAUGAAUAC